UGCCUUGUUUUUUUUUGCCUUGUUUUCUUUGUUAUGUCCCUCUGACUCUUGUUACUAUGGUGAUUUGGCAGGGAAAGUGAAAGUAUUUAUUUUUUGGGUGGAUCUCGCUCUGCUUUUGUUUUUUGUCCAGUGGAAAGUUAAUAGGUCUGUGCAGUUUCAGGCUUCAUUUCAGAUCAUAUGCUGUCAGUGUCUUCUUGCUGUGUCGAUUGCUCCGAAGAAUUUGUGAGUUCCACAUUGGUGAAGGAAACAACAGCUCCUCUAUUCUCGGGCUAAAUUCUUCCUGUCUCGUGCUCUGAAACAUAAAGAUGGAUUUUCUUGAAGAAUAUGAUGUGAUAACUCAGGAGGACCUGGAGGAUAUUAAAGAAUCCAUAUCUACUCAGGAUCUUCCAUCAGCAGUACAGACAAUCAAAGAGUACCUCAAAAAGCAAGAUCUUGUAGAACUUAACAUUGGUGUGACAGGAGAGUCAGGUUCUGGAAAGUCCUCAUUUGUCAAUGCGUUCAGGGGUUUAGGGGAUGAAGAAGAGGGCUCUGCUGAAACUGGCCCAGUAGAAACCACUAUAAAGCCUCAAGUUUACCUUCACCCUAAAUACAAAAAUGUGAAAGUGUGGGAUCUUCCUGGCAUUGGAACACCAAACUUCAAAGCUGAUGAGUAUCUUGAUCUGGUUGAGUUUGAACGCUAUGAUUUUUUCAUCAUCAUUGCUUUGGAUCGGUUCAGAGAAUGUCACACUCAGCUGGCCAAAGAGAUCAUGAGAAUGGGAAAAAAGUUUUAUUUUGUUCGUUCAAAGAUUGACGCAAGCAUUGAUGCUGAGAAGAGAAAGAAGAACUUUGACCAGGAAAAAACACUGGAUAUAAUUCGAAAGGAUUGUGAAAAUGGUCUGAAAAAGAUCGGUAUAGAGGAUCCUGUCGUGUUCCUGAUCUCUAACUUUGAGCUCGGCAAGUAUGAUUUAAAUCUGCUGCAGGAGAGGAUGGAGAAAGAGCUUCCACAGCAUAAAAGACGUGUGUUGAUAUUGGCUUUGCCAAAUAUUACACUGGAGAUUAAUGAGAAAAAGAAGAAAGCUCUAGAAGCAAAUAUUGGAAAAGUAGCCUUGCUGUCUGCUUUGGUGGCUACAGUUCCUCUUCCCGGUCUUUCAUAUGCUGUGGAUUUAGUCCUUGUCAAAAAAGAGAUUGAAUUGUACUACAAUGCUUUUGGUCUGGAUGAUCCAUCCCUACAGAAGCUCUGUGAUAAGUCGGGGAAGACCAUUGAGGAAAUGAAGAGUCAGAUGAAGUCACCUCUGCGUUUUGGGAUAAACAAAGCUUCAAUUUUAUCUUUACUGGGUGCUGCAUCUGUGGUUGUGGCUGAAAAUGCAGUUGAGUAUGUUGCUAGCCUCAUACCCAUUCUUGGCACUGUGGUGGCAGGAGGAAUGUCCUAUAUUACAGUCUCAAGCAUGCUGAAAAGAGCUCUGAAUGACAUAGCAGAAGAUGCCAGAAAUGUGCUAAUUUCUUCAGUGGGAACUGCUGUGUAAACGUGAUCGAAUGUGCCAGAAUAGAAAUUUAGAUGUAGCUGAUGCUUUUAUUGUUUGGGGGAGUAGUGCUUGUUUGGCAAAAUGUCUUUUUUUUGUUGGAACAAAUUUCUGUUAGUUCAAUAAAUGUAAUCUUGCAUUUCUUUCACUUUGUUUAAUUGAUAGCAUGUUUGGUUUUGGCCCUCUCUUCCUUUUAAUUAUCUUUCCCCUUGGACAAAUAAUGCUGCCAUUUCUACACUUACGAUGCAUUACAUUAGAAAAAUGAUCACUUUGGAGUUUCUGUCAUUAAUUAUUCACCCUCAUGUCGUUCCACACCCGUAAGACCUUCAUUCAUCUUUGGAACUCAAAUUAAGAUAUUUUUGAUGAAAUCCAAGAGGUUUCUGAUUCCCAAGAGAAAGCAACAUAAUUACCACAUUCAAGAUCCAGAAAAGUAGUAAAGACAUUGUUAAAAUUGUCAACAUGACUACAGUGAUUCAACCGUAAUUUUAUGAAGCAACGAGAAUACUUUAGUGUGCAAAAACAAAACAAAAAUAAUGACUUUAGUCAAAAACUUCUUCUCUUCCUUGUCAGUCUCCUAUGCUGUUUAUGUUGUAUAGACGGUGCAGCGCUUCCAAGUUCUACAUCAGAACGCCAAUUCAUAUUUGAAAUGGUAAUAAUAUUUCACAAUAUUACCGUUUUUACUGUAUAUUUGAUCAAAUAAAUGCAACCUUGGUGAGCAGAAGAUGACUUGUUUUCAAACUUUUGACCGGUACACACACACACACACACACAUAUAUAUAUAUAUAUCAGCCCAGGCUCAUUAGAAAAACAUACCUGUGUCAACAUUUUUGCAAAAUACGAAAUAUGUUGCGUCGUGCAUGUUUCACUACAGUUUUAAAGUGAAAUGCCCAGUAAGUGACACUAAAAGCGUGUAUAGUUUUUUCGGGAACAGAUGAACGUGAAUAUGGCAACAUUUUAUUAUGUUGUACGUAUCACUGCAGUUCUGAACUGAAAUGUCCAGUGAGUGGCGCUAAAAGCUUAAUGCUCCAUCACGUUUAAUAACGUGCACCUACACUAAACCCUAAACCUCCCUGUUGAGAAAAACAGCAUAUGCUGGUUAGGUAUGUUUUGAAGCAUGGAAGCUGGUUUGAGCUGGUUUAAGCUGGUUCUGAGCUGGAGCUAGUUGCUAAGGACCAGUACUUGACCAGCAUAAACCAGCUCAAACCAGCUAAGGACCAGCAUAAACCAGAUACCGGUAAAAACUGUUUUGAGGUCAUAACAUAAUUGUGCAAGGAGCUGCGUGAAAACAAGUCUUUAUAAAUCCAUAAUCUGGCCCUGUAAUCAUAAUUGUGUGUGAAAACGAUUAAAAGUGCUUGCUGUUUAA